CUCUCCUGAUUUCCACACCCCUGGCUGCCAUGGGAUGGGGAGGCCUGACAAAAGGGGCCUGGGAGCUGGUGGACAGGCUGGCGUCCGUCACUGAGCCAGCACCAUGGUGCGGUCUGCGGCCUGCACAGCCCCAAAGCCUUUGUGUUGCCAGGAAAAGCUUUUCUCAACAGGCUGAAAAUGACUUCUUCUCCCGUCCUGGAAGCCCAGAGUUUGAUGGUUCUGCUGACGAUCCAGUGGGGUUCUGCUGCAAAACUGGUCUGCUACUUCACUAACUGGGCCCAGUACAGAGAAGGGGCCGCUCGCUUCUUGCCCAAAGAUGUGGACCCCAAUCUGUGCACGCACCUCAUCUAUGCUUUUGCUGGCAUGAACGGCCAUCAGCUCAGCUCCACAGAGUGGGACGACGAGACGCUCUACAAGGAAUUCAAUGGGCUGAAGAAGAUCAAUGCGGAGCUGAAGAUGCUGCUGGCCAUUGGGGGUUGGAACUUCGGCACGCAGAAGUUUACGGAUAUGGUGGCUACAGCCAACAACCGACAGACUUUUGUCAACUCGACCAUCAAGUUUCUUCGCAAAUAUGGCUUCGAUGGCCUUGACCUUGACUGGGAGUACCCAGGGAGCCGGGGGAGUCCUCCCUUGGAUAAGCAGCGCUUCACAGCCCUGGUGCAGGACCUGGCCAGCGCCUUUCGGCAGGAAGCCCAGACGGCAGGGAAGGCACGCCUCCUGCUGAGCGCAGCCGUCCCAGCCGGGCGGCGCUGCAUGGAAGCUGGAUACGAGGUGGACAAAAUUGCUCAGAACCUGGAUUUCAUCAGCCUUAUGGCUUACGACUUCCAUGGCUCUUGGGAGAAGACCACAGGCCAUAACAGCCCCCUCUACCAGAGGCAGGGAGCGAGCGGCGCCGCAGCUGAGCUGAACGUGGACUCUGCUGUGCAACGGUGGCUGCAGAAGGGGACCCCCGCCAACAAACUGAUCCUUGGCAUGCCCACCUAUGGACGAUCCUUCACUCUGGCCUCCUCCCUGGACACUGGAGUGGGGGCCCUAGCCACAGGGCCUGGAACUCCUGGUCCCUUCACCAAAGAGCAGGGACUGCUGGCUUAUUAUGAGAUCUGUUCCUGGAAGGGGGCUACUGAGCACAGAAUUGAGGACCAGAAGGUGCCCUAUGCCUUCCAGGGCAACCAGUGGGUGGGUUUUGAUGACGUGGAGAGCUUCAAAGCCAAGGUCAGCUAUCUGAAGCAGAAGGGACUGGGCGGGGCCAUGGUCUGGACACUGGACAUGGAUGACUUUGCUGGCUUCUUCUGUAACCAGGGCCAAUACCCCCUCAUCAAGAUGCUGUCAUUGGAGCUGAGUCUUUCACGUGUGCCUCUGGGCCCCCCAGAGCCUGAAGCUCCCGCACCAGGCCAGCCCUCUGAACCUGAGCAUGACUCCAGCCUUGGACAAGAUGCUUUCUGCCAGGGCAAAGCUGACGGGCUCUACCCCAACCCCCUGGACCGGACCAGCUACUUCACUUGUUCAAGGGGGUGGCUGUUCCAGCAAAGCUGCCCGAGGAGCCUGGUGUUCAGCACUUCUUGCAAAUGCUGCACUUGGAGUUGAGUCUCCAAGACCCCUCCAGCCCAUCACUCCCACGGCCCACCUCCCCAGCUGUCCCUGGUGGCUGCAAUCUGGCUCCUCGCGUCUUUCCACAAUCAAACUUUCUGUCUCAGCCUUGGGUUCCUUUUGUUCUGGUCUUUCUGGGCUGCCUAUUUUUCUUGCAGAAUAAAUCUUUGGUUGGUACCACA